UUCCCUCUGUAUAAAUAUCCACUUUCUCCCUCUCCAAAACAAACAAACCACGUAAGCACAAACAGGGCAUCCCUUCCCUUCUUUUCUUUUCCCGUAACUUGUUUUGUCCAGAAAUUAAGAUAGCUAACCUCUAGCUAUGUAUAACCCAAAGCCAUCUUUUGCAACGUCCUUCCCAUUUCUUCCUUUGAGCAAGACCCCUUUCAAUAAAACUCCGGAUCUUCCCAAUGAUGAUGAACAACAACUACAUAGGUUGCCAACUCUUUAUGAGGCCCUGGAAGAAAUCAAAGCCAUAGGCAAGAUCUCAGGCCCAACAGCGAUUAGUAGUUUGCUUCUAUAUUCAAGAGCCAUGAUCUCCAUGCUUUUUCUUGGCUAUCUUGGUGAACUUGAGCUUGCUGGUGGCUCUCUUGCCAUUGGUGUUGCAAAUAUUACCGGCUACUCUGUAAUCUCUGGUUUAGCCAUGGGAAUGGAACCCAUUUGUGGACAAGCUUAUGGUGCCAAACAAUGGAAACUUCUUGGCUUAACCCUACAGAGAACGGUGCUUCUCCUCCUCUCCGCUUCGAUCCCUAUCUCUUUCAUGUGGUUCAACAUGAAAACCAUCCUUCUUUGGUGUGGUCAAGACCAAGAAAUAUCAUCCGUGGCUCAUACAUUUAUUCUUUUCUCCAUUCCCGACCUAUUAUUCCUUUCACUACUUCACCCACUUCGCAUCUACCUCAGGACUCAAAGCAUUACUUUACCUGUAACUUACUGUUCAGCCAUCUCUGUGCUUCUCCACUUCCCAUUGAAUUUCCUUCUUGUUGUCCAUUUCAAGCUUGGUGUAGCAGGGGUGGCUAUAGCUAUGGUUUGGACUAAUCUAAACCUCGUCCUCUUGCUCUCUUCAUUCGUGUACUUCUCAGGUGUACAUAAAGAUUCUUGGGUAACUCCAAGCACUGACUGUUUUAGGGGAUGGUCCUCUCUGCUUGCUCUUGCUGUGCCAACUUGUGCCUCAGUUUGCCUUGAAUGGUGGUGGUAUGAAUUCAUGAUAUUGAUGUGUGGCCUACUUGCUAACCCCAAGGCUACCAUUGCUUCCAUGGGGAUCCUUAUUCAGACAACCUCUCUAGUCUAUUGCUUUCCUUCUGCUUUAAGUGUUGGAGUAUCCACAAGAGUCGGGAAUGAACUUGGCGCGGACAGGCCUGGGAAAGCUCGCAUUUCCAUGAUCGUUUCUCUCUUUUGCGCCGUAGCUAUAGGCCUGUCGGCGAUGUUGUUCACAACCUUGAUGAGACACCAGUGGGGCAAGCUUUUCACCAGUGAUGCUGAAAUCCUUGAGCUGACAGCAGUUGCAUUGCCAAUUGUUGGGCUUUGUGAGCUUGGGAAUUGCCCUCAAACAACUGGUUGUGGGGUGUUAAGAGGUAGCGCCAGGCCAACCAUCGGAGCAAACAUAAACUUGGGGUCAUUUUACCUGGUUGGAAUGCCGGUAGCUAUCCUGAUGGGCUUCGUGAUCAAAAUGGGGUUUGCCGGGCUCUGGCUUGGCUUGCUUGCAGCUCAAGCAUCUUGUGCAUUCCUCAUGCUUUUAGUUCUUUGUAGAACAGACUGGAUGGUUCAAGUAGAAAGAGCAAGAGUGCUCACACGAACUAGCAAUAAACCUCCUCCAUUGCCCAUAUCAACAAAACAACAAGAGUACUCCAACCCUAAGGAAACUAACAACAAGAACAAGGUCGAUUUCGAAGGGAUACUGUGCAUUAAUGAUGAACUUGUGAAGUCUGCAUCACUUGAAAAAAACCCUCUCCUCUCUAACUCAGACACCAAUGAUCAUUAAUUAGAGUUCAGUUACCCCAUUUU